AUGGCCGAGAGCACUUUUCCUGGGGGUAAUCAACCCCUUCGCGUGGGCACAAAAGACGACAGCAAGCCCGCCACUUUUCACAAGAUUUCGGAGGAGGACGAGUAUGAGGUGACGUCACCAACCGAUCCGACUUUUCGCUCCGCCAAUGCUCCCGCCGCUGCCUCAUCCUCGACCGGCAACAGCUUGUUCACGGGCGGUGGUUUCGGUGAUGGUGGUGCCAUUCGUUUCAACACCCGAAGCCCAUUCGACGAUGGGUCGCGCGAGGAAGACGAGGCCGCCGACGAGUUCCCACCAGGCGACAUCCGCCCGACGGGCGUCCCCAACCCUGGCCUCCCCAACAACUACGCCUUGGGACGGAGGACAUCGGUGUCAGCAGAGUCGUUGAAUCCCACUUCAGCUGGCUCGGACAGCUGGGCCCCGCCGCAUCACCCCAAAUCAGAUGAGCAAAUCGCACGCUUGAAGACCGCCGUUAGCAACAACUUCCUCUUCGCCCACUUGGAUGACGAUCAGUUCAAGACUGUGCUCGACGCGCUGGUGGAAAAGCCUAUUCCCGCCAAAGACAUCAAGGUCAUCUCACAGGGUGAUGCGGGAGAUUAUUUCUACAUCGUUGAAGAAGGCCACUUUGACGUUCUGAUCCACCCUUCGGGCUCCGUGCAGCCAGGCGCCGAGGGUAUGGGCAACAAAGUCAGCACCAUUGGCCCUGGAGGCUCGUUUGGAGAGCUGGCUCUCAUGUACAAUGCUCCCCGUGCCGCGACCGUCGUCUCCGUGGAUCCGAAGAGCACUCUCUGGGCCCUGGACCGCAUCACCUUCCGCCGCAUUCUGAUGGAUUCGGCCUUCCAGCGUCGUCGUAUGUACGAGGCUUUUUUGGAAGAAGUGCCUCUCCUGUCCAGCCUCAAGCCCUACGAACGGUCCAAGAUUGCCGAUGCGCUGGACGCCAGCAAAUACCCCGCUGGGUCGACCAUUAUCAGCGAGGGUGAUCCAGGCGAUGCCUUCUACCUGCUUGAGGCUGGUGAAGCCGAUGCGUUCAAGAAGGACUUGGACGGAGUCGUCAAAUCCUACAAGCGUGGUGAUUACUUCGGUGAACUGGCAUUGCUGGACGACAAGCCUCGGGCUGCGAGCAUUGUUGCCCGCUCGGAGGUCAAGGUUGCUCGGCUGGGUCGCGAUGGCUUCAAGCGGUUACUGGGUCCCGUGGAGGAUAUUAUGAGACGGGCCGAGUACGAGUCGAAGCCAAACCAGUCAUGA